AUGACCUCAUUCACUGGUUCCAGUCUGCAGCAGGAGCGGGCAUACAGGACGCAGCGGGCCGAGUCCAUGCAUGUGAAGACGGUCUUGAUCUUCCUCUGCGCCCUGGUCACGGCUCAGGGGGUGCUGGUGCGGUGGACACAGAGGCACGGCCGGUCCUACAGUCCGGCAACCUUGCUGCAGAUGUGGGUCAUCCCUCUGGACUUCAGCAUAAAGCGGUCCCUGUCCGUGUGGGGCGUGUUCUCCAACAUCACCAGCUGCACCUUCAGAGCCACCCAGAAGCCCCUCUCAGGAAGGAACCCCCACAGACUGGUCUACAAGUGGUUUCUCCUAAUCUACAAACUCAGCUACACACUUGGUGUUGUGGGGUAUUUGGCCAUCAUGUUUACAAUGUGUAGAUUUCCAACUAAGACUUUAAUCAAAGCUAGAGAUUCCAUGGAUUUCGCCAUUGUGUCCUUGUCCUACAGCCUCUGCUGCAGCGUUGUGGGAGAGACUGCCGAGAUCUGCUCGGAUUACAUGGCCUCUACUGUAGGGCUCUGCAGCGUCAGGGGGGCGCCCGCCAGGAGCUUGUCAGACGAUAUCUGCGUCAUCUGUGGGCAGAAGUUCAUCGUGGAGCUCAACGAGGAAGGACUCAUGGAGAACACCUACCAGCUUUCCUGCAGCCACCUCUUUCAUGAAUUCUGCGUCCGAGGUUGGUGCAUCGUUGGUAAAAAGCAGACUUGACCUUACUGCAAAGAGAAGGUCGAUCUGAAGAGGAUGAUCAGUAACCCAUAUCCUUUUAAUGAAACUGGUGGCACACAUGUUUCGUAUAGGGAAAUCCUGGAUUGGCUUCAUUACCUGCUGGCCUGGCAACCUGUGGUAAUAGGAACAGUUCAAGACACAUCCGUGGCCAUCUGUGGCAAGUUACGAACUCUGAAGGGCUUAGGUGGCUCUGCCCCUUCAGCACUGCCAGUGGUUGAAGCUCCCAUGGCUUCUGUCUGGGAAUCUCCCAUUAAGCACAGCCUCGGCCAUUCCAGCUCUACUUUUUCAGCCAGCCUUUCAAAACCUUUCCUAACUCUUCCCCUUCCCACAAGACAACUCCAAAAGCCCAAAAACCACAUGGUCAGGAAUAGCAACAAGUUUGGCAGCGUGCCGCAAAUGAUUUCUCUUGUUGAUCAUGAGAUCAGUGGCAAAAGAGGUGACAGCAGCCUCCGAAGAAAGCUGGCCACACAAGUCGCUGUGCCAUUUCCUGGCAAACUAAGGCAACUGGAACAGACUGUUCGGAUGCCUGUCAUGGACUUAGAUUGUGGCUAUCUCGUAGUUUAA